AUGUUAUUUGGUUGUAAAAACUUCACUGGACUGUGCAGAAUAGUUCCAAAGUUAUUAAGACCGGAAGUUGGGUCUGAAGAUGGAUUGCCAGAUGCAGGUUGCAAUUUCCAGGUCAUGCCACCUUUCACAAGCUAUAAUUCUGCAACCAGAAACAACAAAAAAAACAAACCAACAGCAACAACAACAAAAAAACCAACAACAACAACAAAAAAAACCAACAACAACAACAACAAAAAAACCAACAACAACAACAACAAAAAAACCAACAACAACAACAACAAAAAAACCAACAACAACAACAAAAAAAAACCAACAACAACAACAACAAAAAAACCAACAACAACAACAAAAAAAAACCAACAACAACAACAAAAAAAAACCAACAACAACAACAAAAAAAAAACCAACAACAACAACAAAAAAAAAACCAACAACAACAACAAAAAAAAACCAACAACAACAACAAAAAAAAAACCAACAACAACAACAAAAAAAAAACCAACAACAACAACAAAAAAAAAACCAACAACAACAACAAAAAAAACCAACAACAACAACAAAAAAAACCAACAACAACAACAAAAAAAACCAACAACAACAACAAAAAAAAACCAACAACAACAACAAAAAAAACCAACAACAACAACAAAAAAAACCAACAACAACAACAAAAAAAAACCAACAACAACAACAAAAAAAAACCAACAACAACAACAAAAAAAAACCAACAACAACAACAAAAAAAAACCAACAACAACAACAAAAAAAAACCAACAACAACAAAAAAAACCAACAACAACAAAAAAAAACCAACAACAACAAAAAAACCAACAACAACAAAAAAAACCAACAACAACAAAAAAAACCAACAACAACAAAAAAACCAACAACAACAAAAAAACCAACAAAAAAAAACCAACAAAAAAAAACCAACAACAAAAAAACCAACAACAAAAAAACCAACAACAAAAAAACCAACAACAAAAAAACCAACAACAAAAAAACCAACAACAAAAAAACCAACAACAAAAAAACCAACAACAAAAAAACCAACAACAAAAAAAACCAACAACAAAAAAAACCAACAACAAAAAAAACCAACAACAAAAAAAACCAACAACAAAAAAAACCAACAACAAAAAAAACCAACAACAAAAAAAACCAACAACAAAAAAAACCAACAACAAAAAAAACCAACAACAAAAAAAACCAACAACAAAAAAAACCAACAACAAAAAAAACCAACAACAAAAAAAACCAACAACAAAAAAAACCAACAACAAAAAAACCAACAACAAAAAAAACCAACAACAAAAAAAACCAACAACAAAAAAAACCAACAACAAAAAAAACCAACAACAAAAAAAACCAACAACAAAAAAAACCAACAACAAAAAAAACCAACAACAAAAAAAACCAACAAAAAAAAACCAACAAAAAAAAAAACCAACAAAAAAAAACCAACAAAAAAAAAAACCAACAAAAAAAAACCAACAAAAAAAAAAACCAACAACAAAAAAACCAACAACAAAAAAACCAACAACAAAAAAACCAACAACAAAAAAACCAACAACAAAAAAACCAACAACAAAAAAACCAACAACAAAAAAACCAACAACAAAAAAACCAACAACAAAAAAACCAACAACAAAAAAACCAACAACAAAAAAACCAACAACAAAAAAACCAACAACAAAAAAACCAACAACAAAAAAACCAACAACAAAAAAACCAACAACAAAAAAACCAACAACAAAAAAACCAACAACAAAAAAACCAACAACAAAAAAACCAACAACAAAAAAACCAACAACAAAAAAACCAACAACAAAAAAACCAACAACAAAAAAACCAACAACAAAAAAACCAACAACAAAAAAACCAACAACAAAAAAACCAACAACAAAAAAACCAACAACAAAAAAACCAACAACAAAAAAACCAACAACAAAAAAACCAACAACAAAAAAACCAACAACAAAAAAACCAACAACAAAAAAACCAACAACAAAAAAACCAACAACAAAAAAACCAACAACAAAAAAACCAACAACAAAAAAACCAACAACAAAAAAACCAACAACAAAAAAACCAACAACAAAAAAACCAACAACAAAAAAACCAACAACAAAAAAACCAACAACAAAAAAACCAACAACAAAAAAACCAACAACAAAAAACCAACAACAACAAAAACAACAACAACAAAAACAACAACAACAAAAACAACAUUGUUUGUGA